CAGUCUUCUUACUUUUAAUCUUUAGGUUGAGAAGCAACGAGAGUCCAUUUUCCGAGCAUCUAAAGUUCCUAAAAAAACUCUCUUUCGGCUGUCAGAUGAGUUUUUACACGUCCACAAGAACUUCAGAAGAAGGGCGAAAUGUAUGAAAAAGCAAGUGCUUUUGAUCGUAUUUUCAGAAGUUUGCUGCUAUCCAAAUUUUUCACCAGAGGAUGGGGGAAUCCAGCGACAAUCAAACGGCAAUUUGAUUUUCUGAGAGUUCUGGCAGACCGUUCUUCGUGUCAACGCCUUGUCAAUGAACAUUACCCAGUCAACAUAGACAGUGAUGUGGAGAAGGGUGAUGUCCGGAUCGUUGAUGGGAACUUCAGGUCCCCAUUUGACAGGUACCUUCCUGAUAUCAUGCCAAAGGAGGUCAAAACAGCAAGGUUUCAACUGAUAGUACCCACACAAUGGCGCACCGAGAAGAAACCAGUGUGCAUCCACAUGGCAGGAACAGGCGACCAUUUUUUCUGGAGGCGGAGAACGUUCCUUGCCAGGCCUCUCAUCAAGGAAUAUGGUAUUGGAUCAUUGCUGAUUGAGAAUCCUUUCUAUGGAUACAGGAAGCCCAAAGAACAGCUACGGUCCAGCUUGCGGCAUGUGAACGAUCUGUUUGUGAUGGGAGGAGGUCUAAUCCUAGAGGGGUUAGUUAUGCUACACUGGUGUGAGAAGCAAGGCUUUGGACCACUGGGCCUUACAGGGAUAUCAAUGGGUGGACAUAUGGCAUCUCUAGCUGCAACCAACUGGCACAAGCCCAUCCCUCUGAUCCCCUGUCUGUCCUGGAGCAGUGGUACCCCUGCCUUCACCAAGGGGGUGCUGAGUGGGUCCAUCCCCUGGCCCGUCCUUGUAACCCAGUACCUGGGCCAACACUUGGAGUAUGAGAGGGAGAUUAUGGGCAAGCUUCACAAGUGCCCAAAGACGGAUUCCUUCACACUUGGACAGGAGUUUGUCUGGAACUAUCCAGAGAGUCUUGAUGAUCUCAACGGCAUGCAACGAUCUACAGACGACCAACGACCAAAAACACCUCAACCUUCGUAUCACAAUGACUUUAAAGCAACGCCGUGUGAGGAUAAUAGCAAGAGUUCCGCCCAGGAGUCCAUUUUGAGUGCAAUAGAUAAUAGGCCGAUGGGUAAGCUGGACUUGCAAGAAGCCGUUGGGAUUUCAUUAAAUGGCCCAUCGAACGGACUGCAAGCCAAGCCUGGUAUAGAUAGAUUUUGCAGAGACGAUGAAAGAGUACACCCUACACAUGACUCAGAGACACAUACCCACAGCAUGCAAAGCACCACCUGUAAUGGAUCAUCCAUACCAGAUAGCAAACUGCAUGCUCAUCUUACAAACGUAGAUGCAGAUACCAACAAAGAAUCAACUUCAGAUAGGAAAGACAAAGAAAGCCAUUUUCGGUUUUCCACAAAUAGUGAUCAUACAGCGAAGACCACAGUAUCGGAGGAGAGCAGUACUGCAGGUACAAAGAAGAAGAAGAAAAGAACGAAAAUCACUGAUAUGGAGAACUACCAGGAGCUGAAGAAGGAAGCCUUGGAGUUUAUGCGAGGGGUGAUGGAUGUGACUACCUAUGUGGGCAACUUCUCAACCCCUGUAGAUUCCAGCUUGGUGAUCGUCGUGAGCGCGUUGAAGGACGGCUACAUCCCAAGGAAGGGGGUCCCUCCACUAGAUGACAUCUGGCCAGGAGUCGAGGUUCGAUACAUUGAGGGAGGACACAUUGCAGCCUUCCUCUUCAAGCAGUCAGAAUUCAGGAAAGCUAUAAACGAUGCCUUCAACAAGUACACAAUCAAGUAUGAGAGCGUACCCACGUCAGAGAGCAAAACGGACAUAAAGUCAUGACAGGAAAAGAACUAAAUGGGAAGGAUUUGGAUAAAGUCAAUUCCAAGCAUUAUGGAAUGACAUUUUCAGAAUACGGAAUAUUCAAUAUUAUGUGAAAGUAUAUCUUAUCAUAUUAAUUUUGUUCAUAGAAGUUUUAAUUUUAAGAACCGUAUGAUCUGAUUGUUUUUAUUUGAUAUAGAGAAUGUAUAUACAUAUAUCGCGUAACUUGUACCUUGUGUUCGUCUCUUCCGAAAGGUCUGAGAGUAUAGAGUAUAGAUUUGUGUAUUUCAGGGGUUAUGCUAUUUGAUUUAGUUUUGGGGUUGCAGGUGGAUGUAUACACAUUAAUUGAAACAAUAGUGCAUGGCCAUUUUGUGAACUAAAUUCAACUUUUCUUGUGUAUGUUUUUUUCUGAAAUCAUGCAUGUUCAUUUCCCUGUGCAGCUGUCAAAUAAAAAUCAUGAUUUCAGCAAA